CCAAAAGAUAAGCCUAAAAUUUCUAGUACGGAUUCGUCUAUAAAUAUUCUUCGCUUGCUUUCAAAAGUCGUCAGUUAAUAAUUGUGUUUUUGGAGCUCAGUUAACGCGUCAAAAAUAACAAAAUGAAACUCUUCAUCGUUCUCUGUGCAGUCAUUGCCAUGGCUACCGCCUACACCAAGGAGGACUUCCUAAAGGACCGCGAAGAGUGCUUGAAAUCCGAAAAGGUCCCAGAAGCAGUCAUUGAGAAGUUGAAAAAUCGCCAAUAUGACGGUGACUUGGGCCAUGAGGCUCAAUGCUACAUUCGCUGUCUUGCCGUUAAAAUUGGAUCCUUUGAUGAUGCCACUGGGUACGAUCUUGACAAGACCUACUCACAUCUUACAAGUGCCGGACUUGUAGUGACCAAGGAAAACUUGAAGAAGUGUAUUAGUGCAGCUCCUGCUGACGGUGAUAAAUGCGCAUGGGCUGCCAAGGACCUGAAAUGUUUGUGGACUAAUAAAUACAUUUCAAAGAAGCAAUAAAUUAACUGAACAGAUUA